UGUAGGAAUAUUUUCUCUUUGCAUUCUUAUGCACACACAUACACCUUUUUGCAGAUUUCUCAAAAUCAUCCUUACUGUUACUGUUGGCAAUAAGAUGGUGUCAUUUAGGCCAAGUUGGUGGGGAUUGGGAGGAGGCGGAAAGUGGAAAUGUGAGUUCUGCAUUCUUCUUUAAUCAAGUGAAUAUAAUAGAACAAAGAAUCGGCAUCUGAAUAUUCAUAUUUUUUGGCCAGCUGAAUCUUAAGAGCUUUUAACUAGCCAGCUAAAUGAAAUGGAGUCUCAUUUUUUUUAAAAAAAAAAAUGAUAUCAAUAACAAUACACAGCUGUUAAUAAUGUUUGAAACACAAGAAGAUUACAAUGGUAAAUUAGAUGGGGAAAAAGAAUUAAGAAUAUUCUUUUAAAAAAACUGAACUAUACUACUCAAUUAGGUUACUAUAGCAACAGGAUUUUGAUACAAAAUCAGUAUCAAAAACAUCUGUCUGGAUACAUCCUAUCCAUACUAAAUAUAGACUUAACUUGUUCCCAAACUAAUCCUACCUAAUUGCAUUUCAAUGAGGACAAAGGUGUAGCCAUGCUAUGUUUCUGCAGAUUAACAGGUAUUUUUUUUCAGGUUUGAGGAUUAAUAGUGACAAGUAUAUCUAUAUCCAGACGUAUUGUGUGAUACCGUCUUCUGCAUGUUUACUAAGUAUUAUAUCCUGUUGCAUUUUCAGUGUAAAAUACUUAUUCCUAUUAUCCUUCCAAUGAAGAGCUGGUAUCAGAUGUAGCAGUGUCUGGGUUUUAUCUGUUGGCUAUACAAAAGUAAGUGCAAUUUUUAAGGCUCCUCUCGGGUCGAAAAGCAGUUUUUGAAUGCAUUGGUUAAAUUGUCUCCUCCCCUCCACCUUUUUUUUUUUUUUUUAGAUAUGAUGACCCAGUGGAAAGAUCAAAUUUCCUUAGGCCUUCUCUUCCAUUUGGCCUUUUCCUUUGUGUAUGGCUUCCCUGCUGAUUCCGGGACUGAAUUCCGGUCUGCCUUCUCUGUCGCUAGGACCAGCAGCAUGGAAGGAAGCACCGAGAUGGUGAUCACCUUUGAUAAGGUCUAUGUAAACAUAGGGGAUGACUUUGAUCCCAAAGCUGGACUAUUUCGAUGUCGUAUCCCUGGAGCCUACUAUUUUUCCUUCACUGUCGGAAAGUACCCCAAGAAAAAUUUAUCAGUCAUGCUAAUGAGAAACAAGAAUGAAGUGCAGGCAAUUGUAUAUGACGAACAUCACCGUAAAGAGCGAAAAGUGGCCAGCCAAAGUGCCAUGCUACAACUGGACUACGGUGAUACUGUGUGGCUACGUUUACACGGGGAUCCAAAGUAUGCCCUGUAUAGCAAUGUGGGCCCCUAUACAACUUUCAAUGGGUACCUCAUUUAUCCAGACACCUCUAGCUACUUUCAGAAUAGAAUAGGAUCUCCAGAACUAGGAAAAGAACCAUCUCAGCCUCCCUCUCAUGUCAUUCAGCAGCUUUCCAUCAACCAAAACCAAAUCUCAGAAAGACUUCUGCUUUCUGAUGAACCCGCCAGACCACAGGAUCCUCGCUCUGCCUUUUCAGCUGCCCGUUCCGAAAGCCUCCUGGGAUCGGAUGAAAAGCAAACCCAGCACGAGCCCAUCACAUUUGACUCAGAGUUUGUGAACAUUGGGAAUGACUUCAAUUUUUCAACUGGCAUCUUUACCUGCCGUGUUCCUGGCGCCUACUAUUUUUCAUUCACCAUUGGUAAAAUGCCUUUCAAAACAAUGUCAGUAAAGCUGAUGAAGAACCACAAUGAAGUUCAGGCCAUGAUCUAUGAUGACAACCACUCCAAAAGGAGGGAGAUGCAGAGCCAGAGCAUUAUGCUCCCUCUGCAAGCUGGUGACAUUGUCUGGCUCUACAGUCACCAGCAUGAUGGCUACGGUGCUUACAGCAAUCAUGGCAAAUACAUAACCUUCACCGGCUUCCUUGUCUAUCCAGAGACUAAGACAAAAUCCUCUUCAGAUUCCAACAUUUCUCCAGGGUCAAAUCUCUAAAUGUGCAUAUUACAACAUAAGCAUAAGAGUAUUCCAGAUGCAGCAGUCUCUUGUGCAAGUCCUGGACAAAUACCGUUCUUCAUAUGAGAAGAUACAAGCAUGCUAUUACAUGUCCAGUGUAUUCCUUAUGGACACCUUCCUUGUGUUUUCUGCCUGCAGAGCCAUUGUUGUUUCUCUCAUUCAUCCCUAGAAUGACAUUCACAAGUUGGUGUGUUUUGUUCAUGAUUACUGUUAGACAUAAGACUAAAGCAUGAGUCAAUUUUGGGAGUAAAGGAAUAAGGGGAGAUAUGCAAAAAUGGACAUUUGAAAAAUGCUGAAAAGGGUUAUAUGGUAAAAGGCUCCCUCUGCAGAACGUUUGAGAAGUGAUAACAUUCUGUGUAAUUGUUGGCAAACAUCACAAGAGAGGGACAGAUAUAAUGGGACAUCAAAUAAAACCUGAAACUAAAAGGAUUGUGUGUAUUUGUACAUUUGAUGUUGCGAUAUUCAAACCUUUCCAUUCAUGAAAAAGAAUCCCAAGCUUUAAAUGUGUAGUAUGUUUGUAGUGUAUCUCCAAUAAUUGAAGAAUCAUUUGAUGUUUGAGAAAUUAAAAAAGUACUGGAUAUUUUAAACAAAUUUGAGUACUGUCAAAUCCUUGUCAAACCUAUUUCAGGGAAUCUAAUUUUACCCACAAAGCUAUUUAUCAUUUAGUAUUGAAA